AUGCUUCGAUUCUCAAAUCUCCUUCGACACAAGGUAGAGUGGGAGCAGCACCAACAAUAUAUAGGAAAUAUUGUGGCACCAAAGACGAAACGCACAAGGGACCAUUGGAGCUAUUUCAGAAUGGCAGAGAAGGAAGCCACAGAGCAUUCUAACAAAAGGAAAAUCAGGUUGCCACCUUCAGUUCCAUUCCUUUGGGAAGUGAGGCCGGGAAUAGCAAAGAAAGAUUGGAAACCAGGGGUUUCUUCAGUUACACCAACUUUACCACCUCAAACUCCAAUCAAGCUUAUAGCCUCAGUUCCCUUUAAUUGGGAGGAAAAGCCCGGUACACCAUUGCCGGGCUUCUCCCAGCCUCCAGUAGAACCAGCAGCCGUGCCCCUAUCAGCAGAUCUCAUGACUCUACCUCCACCUCCAGUAUACACUCCAGCCUAUUUUAAUGGCUACAACAACAAUGAUGACGGAGGUGAUGGCAGUGAUGAACAAGACGUGGUACCUGAAAUGGAUCUUGAAGCAGUUGGUUUUGAGACAGAUGAUUCCUUUAGCUCAGCUCCAUCCCUCCUAGCGAAUUGCCUUGUAGCAUCAACAGCGAUUUGCACUGCUGUUCCAGUGCAGAAAACUUACCAUGCAGAUAACAGCAGUGACCAUCCAGAAACACCUUCCUCGCCAGCAUCAGAAACUGAAAGUAGUACAAGCAGCUAUGCAACUGGCACUUCAAGCCUUGUGGGUGCUUCUUUCCUGGAAUGCCUGUUUCCAUUGCUUCCGCCUAAUUCUGGUUUCCUUGAAAAGGCCAGGUACCCCAACCACCAGGGAUCUCAGGCUCAAGAUGAUUUUGGUCGUGAGAGUAAUAACACUGUUGUCAUAAGGAGGCCACCAACACUUGGAGAGCUGAUAAUGCUGAGCAGGAGGAUGAGUUAUCAAAGAAAGGCUGUUCUAAUGAGAGAGCAGCAUCUAUCAAUGGAAUUUCUUAAGGAAAGAGCUCCCGGAUGCUGCAUCUUUGGAACUGGCAUAAAACUGAUUGAAGGAUUACAAUGGAAGAAGUUCCAGCCAAGACUCAAAUUCUUGUAG